UAACUGAUAAAAGGCCGAUGAAAGAGAGGAUGGGUAGGAGAAGGGAAGAGACCUCGGAGAAAGUCGAACGUUAUUCAAAGCGUGUUUAUGAGAACAGCAUGUUAUGAUGUAAUACAGUUUUCGAUAAUUUAUAUUCUAUUUUCUUAUGUUCGAUUGACAAUCUCGUAAACGCAGUGUUUUCAGAAAUAAUAUAGCUAUUAUGGCGGGGCGUUUAAGGACGUAUCAAGUGAGCAUAUUUGCUACCCUUUUUAUAGGGUAUGCUUGUUAUGCAUACAAUAGGAAAAGUGUUUCUUUGGCUUUGCCAAAAUUAAUGGAAGAAGGUUUGGAUAAGAAUCAGGCAGGUCUCAUUAUCAGUUGCCAAAACGUAGCAUAUGCUAUUAGCAAAUUUCUGGGUGGUAUUUUGUCUGAUAGAAUUAGUGCCAGAGUAUUGUUUUCUAUUGGUCUCACAUUUUGCGGCAUUGUCACACUUACUUUUGCAUCAUCAUCAUCAGUCGCCGUCUUCUCAUUGUUGUGGUUUUUAAACGGAUUUGGGCAAGGAUGUGGAUGGCCUGCAUGCUCAAAAAUAUUACGACAGUGGUUUUCACCGACAGAAUUCGGAACAUGGUGGAGCGUGCUGUCUGCCAGCGCUAACAUUUCUGGUGGUCUUUCGCCUUUUUUUACCGCAUUUCUUAUCCUGAAUUAUGGAUGGAGAUUCAGUCUGUUUCUGGCAGGAUGUGUUUCAAUCUGUUUGGGAAUCGUAGCCAUUUUAACUCUAGUCAAUUCUCCAGUGGAUGUAGGACUCCCUUCAUUUUCUGCCGAUAGUGUAAAGAAAGAUAAAGACAAGGGGUCAUCAAGUGAUGCGAAGGUAGCGGAUUUGCUAAGUUCUCCUGCAUUGUGGUUCGUAUCCUUCUGUUACAUGAUUGUGUUUUGUGCCAAAACAGGAACCGUAGACUGGGGUCAAUUAUAUCUUAUUGAAGAUAGGAAGCAUACACAGUAUGUUGCAAGUGCAUUUACGAGUAGUGUGGAGAGUGGUGGAUUUAUUGGUGGAAUACUGGCUGGCUAUCUGACUGAUCUAAUGUUGAAAAGUCGUUCACCAAAAGUGGAUAAAAGUCGAGGAAAUGCUCGGAUGCCUUUAGCUGCCCUAUUUAUGGUGUGUGUACUGGGGUGUUUGCAUUUAUUGCAGUUUUCUAUAACUGAAUCUACAUCUAAACUGUGGAUUUCAACAAUCGGAUUUUUAUUGGGAGCAGGUUUUUAUGGUCCUAUUGCAAUUUAUGGUGUAGUUGCUUCUGAGAGUGCCCCAGACAAUCUCAGUGGCACAUCCCAUGCAGUUGUUGCUUUAGCUGCAAAUGUGGGUGCUAUUGUUUCUGGCCUACCAUUUAGUUACAUAGCAAAGUACUAUAACUGGUCUACAAUAUUUCUUUUGUUGGAAAUAAUGGCUGCAGUAAAUCUCGUCAUAAUGUUCCUGUGUAGGAAUUUGAAUUAUAAUAUGGGAAAGAAGAAAAAAGACUAAAAAAACGCCAUAUUUUUUUUUCAAAAACAAAUUAUUUCAUCUUUACUCAGAGAUAUCGUCAUAUUUGUUACUCUAGUUGUUGAUAAAUUGUAAAUAAAUUUUAUUUUGUGUCUUA